UGGGGGGGUUCGGUGUCCCUUUUCUGUCCCGUUCCCCACUACGCCUGCGCGUGGCCGCCAGCGCCGUGUCUGACGGCAUCAACAAGCGUCGAUACGAGGCGCUGCAGGUGUCGUCACUUCCGGGGUUAAGUACAGAGGGCAUCUGUCCAUGUGAGAAGAGAAGGAGGCGACAUGGCUCAGAACCUGCGAGACUUUGCCAGUCGGAUGCCGGCGGGGGGUCGUGGUGCUGGGACGGCUCUGAAGCUGCUUUUCGGAGCCGGGGCGCUGAUGUACGGAGUGAAGGAGUCAGUUUACACAGUGGAAGGUGGGCAGCGAGCGAUCAUCUUCAGCCGACUGGGAGGCAUCCAGCCGCACACCAUCCUGGCAGAGGGUCUGCACAUCAGGAUGCCAUGGUUCCAGUACCCGAUCAUCUACGACAUCCGUGCCAAGCCCCGGAAGAUCUCCUCGCUCACGGGGAGCAAAGACCUCCAGAUGGUGAACAUAUCGCUCCGGGUCCUCUCGCGGCCCAACACUGUGACCCUCCCGGCCAUGUACCAGCAGCUGGGCCUGGACUACGACGAACGGGUCCUCCCUUCGAUUGUCAACGAGGUGCUGAAGAGCGUGGUGGCCAAGUUCAACGCCUCGCAGCUGAUCGUCCAGAGAGCACAGGUGUCGCUGCUGAUCCGCCGGGAUCUGACAGAGCGCGCCAAGGAUUUCAACAUCAUCCUGGACGACGUGGCCAUCACCGAGCUCAGCUUCAGCAAGGAGUACACGGCCGCCGUGGAGUCCAAACAAGUGGCCCAGCAGGAGGCCCAGCGCGCUCAGUUCCUGGUCGAGAAGGCCAAGCAGGAACAGCGACAGAAGAUCGUCCAGGCCGAGGGAGAGGCUGCAGCCGCGUCCAUGCUCGGUGAAGCACUCACGAAGAACCCCGGAUAUCUCAAACUGCGGAAGAUCAGAGCGGCUCAGAGCAUCGCGAAGACAAUCUCUCUCUCUCAGAACCGAGUGUAUUUGAAUUCCGAUAGUUUAGUCCUUAACCUCCAAGAUGAAGCCUUCACCAAAGGGAGUGACGCAGUCUUCCUCAGCCAGAAGAAGUGAGUUUGGGAGCUGGGCCAUCAUGGCUGGGAGAAGGGAAGCUGGAUGCGUUGACUCUCUGUCCUGAUCGAUCCCUGCUCCUGGACGACAUCUCCCCCCCACAUCGCGUCGCUGGGCUGGAGGAGGGGCUGCUCGGCUCAGCAUGGUGACAUCUCAGCCGAAACCUUUUCGAAAUGCAGACGGAGGCUUUUCAAAUCGUCGACAGGAAGCGGCGAGGCUGGAGAACAGGGGCGGGGGGAGUGGUGCUGGGGGCUUGGCAGACACUGGGUGUCUCUCUCUAUUCCCCUCCCUUUUAAAAACAGCCAGUCAGAACCCCCCCCCCCUCCCCCACAGCUGACGUGACCCACUCGCCCCUCUUUGAUCUCUGGUCUAAUAAAUUGGAUUCACCUCUGGA